CCAGCUGAUAGGGUGACGUUCGGUUGGGAGGCUUGGAGAUUGGCUUUUUGAUUUGGCUUCUUGCUGCAGCUUAAUGGGCAAAGCUCGCGGCUCGCCCAGAAACCAGCCCCUCCGCGCGUCCCCUCCGCGCCGCGAGGCCGACACGUCCCCCGCGGUGACGGCGUGCCAGGCGGAGAGUCGGCGCGCGCCCAGCCCCGGGAAAGCCCCGGCGACGCGGCCGCGAGCCGGGGUCCCUCCGAGCCGCCAGGGCGCGCCGGGCCGCCCGCCUUCCUGCCCCUCCCGGCAGGGAUCCCCCCGCUGCCGGCGGCCGGGACUCCGGGCCUCCCCGCGCUCAACCCCGAGCCCGCGCCCCGGCCCGGGCUCCUCCGGGGGUCCUCGGGAGGGUCUCCCCGCUCCUCCCUAGGCCCCCUGCCCCGGCCGCAGCCCGCGCCCCACCCCACCCCCCACCCCGGAAGCCUGCGAGCCCACGAGCCCCGCGGGCGGCGGCGGCGGCCGACUGACAUGCCCCGGACGCGGCUGCGGCCGGCGGGCAGCCCGCGGGGGCGAUGAGCCGCUGCGGCCGCUGAGCAGCCGGGCGGCGGGGCGUCGCGCACCUUCCUCUUCCCCCUCACUUGGCCGCUCCGCUCGGGAGACCGGGAGGAAACGGUCUCUGGCCUGUCAGGAGGACCAUUGGUGCUGCAGUGGAAGCCAGCGGCUAAAUCUCGUGUAUGGCGUGGUUAAGGUUGCAGCCUCUCACCUCUGCCUUCCUCCAUUUUGGGCUGAUUACUUUUGUGCUCUUCCUGAAUGGUCUUCGGGCAGAGGCUGGUGGCUCAGGGGAGGUGCCCAGCACAGGGCAGAACAAUGAGUCCUGUUCCGAGUCAUCGGACUGCAAGGAGGGUGUCAUCCUGCCAAUCUGGUAUCCGGAGAACCCUUCCCUUGGGGACAAGAUUGCCAGGGUCAUUGUCUAUUUUGUGGCCCUGAUAUACAUGUUCCUUGGGGUGUCCAUCAUUGCUGACCGCUUUAUGGCAUCUAUUGAAGUCAUCACUUCCCAAGAGAGAGAGGUGACUAUCAAAAAGCCCAAUGGAGAGACCAGCACAACGACGAUUCGGAUCUGGAAUGAAACGGUCUCCAACCUGACCCUGAUGGCCUUGGGUUCCUCUGCUCCUGAGAUCCUUCUCUCUUUAAUUGAGGUGUGUGGUCAUGGGUUCAUUGCUGGCGAUCUGGGACCUUCUACCAUCGUGGGCAGUGCAGCCUUUAACAUGUUCAUCAUCAUUGGCAUCUGCGUCUAUGUGAUCCCCGAUGGAGAGACUCGCAAGAUCAAGCACCUGCGAGUCUUCCUCAUCACUGCUGCUUGGAGCAUCUUCGCCUACAUCUGGCUCUAUAUGAUCCUGGCAGUCUUCUCCCCUGGUGUGGUUCAGGUUUGGGAAGGCCUCCUCACUCUCUCCUUCUUCCCCGUGUGUGUCCUUCUGGCCUGGGUGGCAGAUAGGCGACUGCUCUUCUACAAAUACAUGCACAAAAAGUAUCGCACAGACAAACACCGAGCAAUUAUCAUAGAGACAGAGGGCGACCACCCCAAGGGCAUUGAGAUGGACGGAAAAAUGAUGAAUUCCCACUUCCUGGACGGGAACCUGGUGCCUGUGGAAGGGAAGGAAGUAGAUGAGUCCCGCAGGGAGAUGAUCCGGAUUCUCAAGGAUCUGAAGCAGAAACACCCAGAGAAGGACUUAGAUCAGCUGGUGGAGAUGGCCAAUUACUACGCUCUUUCCCAUCAACAGAAGAGUCGUGCCUUCUACCGGAUCCAAGCUACCCGUAUGAUGACAGGCGCAGGCAAUGUCCUGAAGAAGCACGCGGCGGAACAAGCCAAGAAGGCCUCCAGCAUCAAUGAGGUGCACACCAAUGAGCCUGAGGACUUUGUCUCGAAGGUCUUCUUUGACCCGUGCUCUUACCAGUGCCUGGAGAACUGCGGGGCCGUCCUCCUGACGGUGGUGAGGAAAGGAGGAGACAUGUCCAAGACCGUGUACGUGGACUACAAAACAGAGGAUGGUUCUGCCAAUGCCGGGGCGGACUAUGAGUUCACAGAGGGCACUGUGGUUCUGAAGCCAGGAGAGACCCAGAAGGAGUUCUCGGUGGGCAUCAUCGAUGAUGACAUCUUUGAGGAGGAUGAACACUUUUUUGUGAGGUUGAGCAACGUCCGUGUAGAGGAGGAGCAGCUGGAGGAGGGGAUCCCUCCGAUAGUCCUCAAUAAUCUCCCAUUGCCCCGGGCCAUCCUGGUAUCCCCUUAUGUGGCCACAGUCACCAUUUUGGAUGAUGACCAUGCAGGCAUUUUCACGUUUGAAUGUGACACUAUUCAUGUCAGCGAGAGUAUCGGUGUCUUGGAGGUCAAGGUUCUGCGGACAUCAGGUGCCCGGGGCACGGUAAUCGUCCCCUUUAGGACAGUAGAGGGGACAGCCAAGGGUGGUGGUGAGGAUUUUGAAGACGCAUACGGGGAGCUGGAGUUCAAGAAUGAUGAAACAGUGAAAACCAUAAGGGUUAAAAUAGUAGAUGAGGAGGAAUACGAAAGGCAAGAGAAUUUCUUCAUUGUCCUUGGUGAACCGAAAUGGAUGGAACGUGGAAUAUCAGCGCUCCUGUUGUCUCCAGAGGUGACAGACAGAAAGCUGACUGUGGAGGAGGAGGAGGCCAAGAGGAUAGCAGAAAUGGGAAAACCAGUACUGGGCGAACACCCCAAACUAGAGGUCAUCAUUGAAGAAUCCUUUGAGUUCAAGAAUACGGUGGACAAACUGAUCAAGAAGACAAAUCUGGCCAUGGUUGUGGGGACCCAUUCCUGGAGGGACCAGUUCAUGGAAGCCAUCACUGUCAGUGCAGCAGGGGAUGAGGAUGAGGAUGAGUCGGGCGAGGAGAGGCUGCCGUCCUGCUUUGACUACGUCAUGCACUUUCUGACCGUCUUCUGGAAGGUGCUGUUUGCCUGCGUGCCCCCCACAGAGUACUGUCACGGCUGGGCCUGCUUCGUCGUGUCCAUUCUCAUCAUCGGCAUGCUCACGGCUGUCAUCGGGGACCUCGCCUCCCACUUCGGCUGCACCAUCGGCCUCAAGGACUCAGUCACAGCUGUUGUCUUUGUGGCAUUUGGCACGUCUGUGCCAGACAUGUUUGCCAGCAAAGCCGCGGCCAUCCAGGAUCUGUACUCUGACGCCUCCAUCGGCAAUGUCACGGGCAGCAACGCCAUCAACGUCUUCCUGGGCAUCGGCCUGGCCUGGUCCGUGGCCGCCAUCUACUGGGCCCUGCAGGGACAGGAGUUCUACGUGUCGGCCGGCACGCUGGCCUUCUCCGUCACCCUCUUCACCAUCUUCGCGUUCGUGUGCAUCAGCGUGCUCCUGUACCGCCGGCGGCCCCACCUGGGCGGGGAGCUGGGGGGCCCACGCGGCUGCAAGCUGGCCACGACGUGGCUCUUCGUGGGCCUGUGGCUCCUGUACAUACUCUUUGCCACGCUGGAGGCCUACUGCUACAUCAAGGGCUUCUGAGCCUGGGUGCGGGGCCUCUGCUGCACACGCCUCGGACUUCUCCUGAGAGAAGGGCACUUGGCCACCGUGACCUCGCCCGGGGGGAGCAGCCCACAGAGGCCCCAGGAACCUCACCCGACCUAGACUCCCCCGGCAGUGGGACUGAAAGGGCAGAGUCUUAACCAGUCAAACCGAGUGGAGGAAACACCCUCUUUACAAAGUAUUUAAUUCAAUACAAACCAACAACAGCAACAAAUCCACCUCCUCCCCAUCUUCCCAUCCGUGUCCUGACCACAGCAGAGGUCAAAGCUUCCACCGUCCUCCCAUCAUCCUUUGCUGCUUCUCCUUCCCUGGGGCAGGGCUUCCACUCUGUCCUGUUGGUCGCAUCCCCACACUGUCCCCCAGCUGAUGGGGGUGGAAGGGAGUCCUAGCGCCCAGCCCCCCCCACCCCACCCCAGGCCACUUUCCGGUUCUCUCUUCAUCGUAGCCAUUACUGUGCUCACUUUGCCAUCCGGUGUCGCUCAUUGUUUGCUCGUUUGUCUUUUCUUUCUGAAGUUGGUUAACAUCGGUGCUGUGGAGGAACUCCCGGGGAGGGACAGGCAGAGGCAGGACGUUCAGUGGCACCCUCUCCCCCUCUCCUCCGGUAACAGCUGUCUUUUGGCUCCAGCGGCGUUUUGCACCGCCCCCGACCCCACAUCUGCUUUCUUUCUCAGUGGGAGAGGGCUGGCGUUUGGGUGGCAGCGUGUUUGCACACCCAUGCGGCGGGCUGAAGAACCAGGGCUGUGGCAGGGGCAAGAAGACCUUUAUGUGCUUCUGUCAAAAUCCAGUUUAAAGCAAAAAGUCAUGGUUCCUUCCCUCCCCUUUCCAGUUUACUCUGCCCAUCUCCCUGGGGCCGCGUCUAUGUGUUCAUCCUUGUGAGGGAAGAGCCACCACUUGCGAGAUGGGGGACAGGAAUAGGAACAGGAUCCGAUGACAGAGGACGGCUGGGGAGGCAAAAGGCAUAGACGGCUUCUUGAGUCAUCUUUGGCUUCGGAUCUGAGGCCGAGCAGAAGAGCUGUCCACCUCGUGAGAUCUUUAAGGGGAAAGAUUGUGUUUUAAAGCGUCAGUGCGUCAGACAGAUGUCAGCCUCCCCAGCCCCUCACUUUCUAAUGUGCCACACUGAGAGGUCUGACUGUACUUUUUGAGAUUUUUUUUUUUUUUAAUUAACUGAGAGGUUGAUAAGAAAACCAGGGGCUCCUUCCACCUCUCCUGGACCCUCAGGUCACGUUUGAAAGCAUUUUCACAAGAGAGGAACUGCAAUUUCUCAUCACUCCCACAUUCCUGCUUGUUUUUAAACCUCACGAAGCUCUUUUUCCAGCCUGUGGGCUAUUUCUUGCCCCACUAAGAGGAACUUUAGUUGCUAUCAUCCCACGGAGCCUGGGUUUAUAGAAAAAGAGAUUGCCGUGGCCUACAGACCUUUUCCCAACAAAUUUGAAAAGGACCUGGCUUUAAAACCCACAUGCUUGUGUGUGCGCGCGCGUGCACACACACACACACAAACACACACACACACACACACACACACACGGACACACAUAGGAACUCAUCACAAAACUGCCCACAGAUCUUUAGGCUUUCUGCAUUGACAUAAAUACAUUUUUUUAAGGGAAAAAAAGAGAAAUUAAAAAAACACCUGUUUAAUUUUAAACACAUUUUUUUAAGAAAAAAAUAACUAAAAAAGAAACAGUGCUCAUGUCAUAAGCUAUGUUGACAGUUGCCAGUGGAAAUGUUGGGUUGGUUUAAAAAAAAAAAAAUAAAAGCUAUACUUAUAUCUCUCUAAA